GUUAAAGAAAUAAAUAACAUGGGGCCCAGGCCAAUGUGCUGCCACUUCCCAGCCAGUCGUGCUGGAUUUUACUAACCAGCCAGCUCACGGGGAAGAAGCAGAUUAAUCUGCCAAUGCUGCCUCCCCCAGUCUCUGGCACUUGGUAUGGCCCUUGGCUCCUGCUUAGUGGGGCGCCAGGCACGUACCUCAUAUGCAACCUACGCAUAGUCUGCCAAGCGUUACCUCAGUGAAAAGUAGGUUCGCUCUCUAACGUCAAAGGUUGCGCACUAUUGCGGCAGGGGACGAAGUGACCGUCCCGGCGGUGCUGAGGGGGAAUGGAAAUGGGGCUCCCUGCGCUUGCGCACUACCCUACAUAAACAUUUGACGGUGUCAACUCUGCAUAGGUAUCCAAGAACAUGGCGGAGUACUCCUCUACACACAGGCCUCAUAUUUUUUUUCUCGCGGUUCAAAGUCCGACGCGCUGAAUAAUUGGUGACUUGGUCUCCAAAGCGACCCGAUGAGCAGCUAGCCAAUCAACGUCCAUUUCUGCGCGCUCCGGCCAAUGCGCCGAUAUGAAACGAGAGUCUUCCGAUUGACAAAUAUCGGCUCAGGGACCGCCUCCUGCCUAAGUAGCCAAUGAGAGAACUCGUAAAGACAGACUCAUUUUGGGGUUCCCAAUUGUCGCUAUGGCUUCAGAGUCGCCCCCAGCCAUGCCGCAUCCGUAUUGGCCCCGUGAGCUGCGCCUGGAGGGGUACCGACCCAAUGACCGCUCCAUGGGAGAGAUCCUGGCCUUCCUCUUCUCCGUGUCGGGGGUGCUGCUGGCUUCCAUGUGGCUCCUGACUGGAAGGGCCCGUGGGAUGGGCACCGGACGCAGAUUCGCCGUUUGCUGGUUCACCGUGUGCGCUUUUAUCCACGGAGUCAUUGAAGGCUGGUUCGCCCUGUACUACCAGGACCUCCCCCGGGACCAGGCCUUCCUCUCCCAGCUCUGGAAGGAAUAUUCCAAAGGGGACAGCAGAUAUGUCGCGGCAGAUAAUUUCACUGUGUGUAUGGAGACCAUCACGGCUUGGGCUUGGGGCCCCCUGAGCGCAUGGACUGUAAUUUCCUUCCUGCAGCAGAACCCACAGCGUUAUGUGCUCCAGCUCAUUGUAUCUCUAGGCCAGCUGUAUGGAGAUGUGCUAUAUUUCUACACGGAGUAUCGGGAGGGGUUCAGUCACAGUGAGAUGUGGCACCCGCUCUACUUCUGGUUCUACUUUGUCUUCAUGAACUUCCUGUGGAUCAUCAUCCCCUCCAUCCUCAUUGUGGAUUCCUGGCUCCAACUGAGUCGGGCACAGAGGCUGUGCGAUGCCGCCUCUUUGGCCAAGGCAAAGAGGAAGUGAAGAGCCCCCUGCUGGAGCCUCUGGCACAUUACACCCAAUUACUGAGCAUUAUCCUGAUUGGGCACGGGAGUCACCGGCUCUGCGGGGUCAUGUAUGUACACGCCCACCUAUGCUUUGGGCCCCCCAGCAAGGCCAGCUGCACCAUUUGCCAAUGACUUGCUGCAGUUACUGGUGGUAAAAUGAGUGCUGAUUUGCCCUUUAAAGGAAAAAACAACCACCUUGGGGCUUGCUCUCAUAGACUGGAGUCCAAUGGGAAAGCUUUGCACCUUUUCUAUAGGGGGGGGGGGUUACUUUGCCCUUGAACCACACAGGGUAACAAUCUGCCCUAUGGCCAUUCAUUUCCCACAAUUCCCAGCACUUUGUCGGGCUCUGGGGCCCCUGCUGCAAGUUUGUGUUCAGAAAUAAACUUGGAGUGUUGUGUA